GGGAAGGAGAGGCAGAAAGAAAGGAAGAAAAGGAGGAGGAGGUACGCGUAGCUGAAAGAGGAAGAGCAAGCCGGAGUAAGAACGUAGGAACGAGAGAAGAAAAGAAAGAAGGAAGGAAGGAAGGAAGGACGAAAGGGCCGGGUACGUUAAAGUCGGUGGAGCAGCGCCACAGGACGUUAAGUACGUCUCGUAAAAAUUCCAUCGAGGCAGCGUCAUUUUGCCGUGUCUAAGGGGCUACGGUCUGGUCUGACCGGGGGUUUGGAUAGGCAGGUCUAACCCUGAGGCCGCCCAUGUACAACCAAGUAGGUACGUCCCAUCAGUAGAGGUGGUGCACAGACCGACCAGACGUAGUAGGGGAUUCGAACGAUCGUGCUCCCUCCUACGGUUCGUGUUCGAGGCGGUCGAGAGUGAAGUGCCUGCCCCUGCAGGAACUCCGGCCCGAGAUCCCCGUCCCCGUACCAUUUCGAGUCACUGGCUUGACCUGGUCUGAUAGCAAGCCACGAAAUCCCGUAGCUCGUUUACCAUCUACGUAUUGACGUUUCGUCCGCGUCUACGGAACCCCGACGUUCGACAUGCUCGUGUCUGACUACCGGAUCAUCGGAUUCCUCCGACAGUUGUGUGCUACGAGGCCGUGACAGUGUGCCGUGAUCGAGACGUUUGACAGCCAAUGUGCGUGUGAAAUUCCGUUUCUGGUGAUAGCCAACGACGUCUCGCGCGCCUCUUUCGUUUCGGAGCAAACGAUACUUGACAGAGUUUGGAUGAUCGAUCGACGAAAAUAGGAAGCUACUACGAUGAUCGACGGUGAGGACAGUGGUUCUUGAGUCUCUCAGACGAAAGAAAUUGCACGGACGUUCGUACAUACUGUCGAGCUGACCCCGUUUUGUGACUUGUCUCGAUAACCGUGUGAGAAUCGAUUGGAAAGGAGAUUCGUCUCGUGAUGGUACGGCGAGAGUCGUAGAAUGUUUUCGUGAUGUAAGACAAACCGUUGGAACGAUGACUGGGGACGAUCGGCAGGGGUUACAAUGACGAUGCAUCGUUGAGAGCAGAAAUUGCGUCGAAAAAUUGGCUGUGCAGGAAAACCACGGUAUGAUGACUGGUUGGAUUCGAGAGGACCAGCCAGUCUGAGUAAGGUGACUCUAGUGCGAAAAAAUGCGGGCAAGUGACGGACAGAAUUUCAGUGAAUGUUGUUGUCGUUUCACGUGCGGGUGCUGCGCGUGAACUGUUGACUGUCGUCUAAAUCGAUCGUAUCUCGUCUGAUCGUCAGCAGGGUUUCGAGAAUUCCACCUGGUCAGGAGGAUUCGGCAAUUAUCUAUCAGGAAUGUGCACCACGGAAAUGACAGAAUCGUACACGAUGUCGCCGUCGACGACGGUGUCUUCCAGUGCGACAACGCCAGGCUGCCUAGGAUCGCCGGCUCACCGACGGACGCCUUGCCGUGGCUCUCCCGGUCGAGGCGACGUUCAGGACGACGAGGACGAAAUCUCGGUAGGCUGCCCGAGCCCUUUGCCCCUUGUCGUCGUUGCACCGAGUGUUGCGGAGGAGGACGAGAGGCUGUCGCAGUCGAGGGAAGAAUACGUGGACAGAUUGAGCCCGCGGAGAAGCUACCCGAGAGAUUCGGUCUCGAUCGAAGACGAGGACAGUUACUCCCGCAGUGGCGACUACAGGAUGUCGAACGGAAGAGGGUUACGCACCCGCGAGAGCAGCGGUGGUGAUUCCGUGACCACGUUAAGGGACGAGGAGGAGGACGAAGAAGAUGACGAGGAAGUAAACAGUAGGACUAGCAGUAACGGUGCCACGGCGGCCGGUGCCGCGGACGAUUACUUCAAGCCGUUGAAACGUCUGAAGAUGGUGCAGAUGCAGCACUCGGACGAGGAGGACGACAGGGAUCGGGACACGAACGAACGAGGGGUGAAGUCUUUCAGUAUUCUGGACAUUCUGUCGCAUCGACCCAAGGCGAAAAUCGUACGCCCGUGGGACACGGUCGAGUCGAAUCUCAAUCAUCAUCAUCGCCAUCAUCUUCAGCAACAGCAGUCCCAUCAUCCACACCACUUGCAUCAUCAUCACCAUCAUCAUCAUCACAAUCAUUCCACGACGCCGAGGGAUCUCUCAUUGAUGGGUAUGUCUCUGGCGUCUAUGUCGGCCGGCUCCAUCAGCGAGCCGCCUCUCAGCAGCUCGUCCUCGUCUGGAAGAAGCUCCGUCUCCGAUUCCGGAAGUCCUGACCCGCUAGGCCAUCAUCAUCAUCACAGUUUGCAUCAUGGUAUACACCCUGGCUUGCAUCAUCCGGUGUUGCAACAGCAACAGCAGCAGCAACAGUUUAAAAGGAAAACGUCGCAACAGCACGGUUCCCAGAGCGGUCACCACGGGAAAAGGACAACGGGACAGGGGAGUCCCCUGGACGCGUUGUUCCAAAUGACCAGCAAAACGUUCGACGCCGGCGAACACAGUCAAGAGCAAGCGAAUCACCUGAACCUGUUCAACAAUCGGCAGCAACCGAAGAAGAAGCGCAAGAGUCGGACCGCGUUCACGAAUCAACAGAUCUUCGAGCUGGAGAAGCGAUUUCUGUACCAGAAGUACUUGAGCCCGGCCGACAGGGACGAGAUCGCCGCGCAGUUGGGCUUGAGCAACGCGCAAGUGAUCACAUGGUUCCAGAACAGGCGGGCGAAGUUGAAGAGAGACAUGGAGGAGCUGAAGAAGGACGUGCAGACGGUGAACCCGCUGCUGGUCGCUCAACACCACAAGACGUUCUUGGAGAACGUGCAGGAUCUUGGUAUCUUGAAGAAGCGACCUCUGCCGAGCAGCAUGGACGAGAAAUCGUAGGAAACGAGGCACCUCGAUGCUCGUCGUUGAGGGAAAACCGUGAUUUCUUGGCUCGUACUCUAGAGACUUAGUACGAAGCUGUCCGUCGAACGAUCGCUAUUCUUCGAAGAACGAAGUUUGUCGAUCGUUGGAACUGUGAUGACCCGAGUGGGAGGCUACGCUAAGUCAGACCUUCUUUUCCACUCGAUCUGUUUUUCGUAGUUUCGUUCUUCGUGGUACUUGUACGCACGAGAGUACGAGGAAUGAUACCGGGAGGAAAUGGACCGUGGUCGUUGUGAUUUGGGUGUAUCGACAUCAUCCCGGUGGGAUAGGGAUGAAGAGAGACAAGGCAUAGUACAAAGGAAAUCUUCCUCGACGACGUAUCGCGGACAAUGAAAGGAGCUAUUUUCACGAGGUUUCUUGUGUCGAUCGUCCGCGACGUUUCUUUGUCGAGGCCGUACGCAAAGACUGUCAGAGAGAGAGAGAGAGAGAGAGAGUCAAAUUGCAAAAGUCUGACGGAUAGUUAGGCGUCGUUGGUGAGCCGUUGGUUGAAAACGAUCUUGGCGCGUCAAGGUGGGGCAACACUGAAUGGAUGAUCCUUCCGGCAAGGGGAUAACGAUAUCAUCGAUCACUGUAAAACGUUUUGUAAAUUGAAGACUGCCAAAUAUUCACAGCCGAACCUGAUCCAUAUUGACGAUGUUCUCGACGUUGCGAUCGCGAUCGCGAUCGGACUAUUGCUCUAUUACUGUCGUGCUUUUUUGCGCGGGUUCUUGAUCCUUUGCGUUAAACGUUAGAAGGAACUCGAGAACGAGGUGUAAUUAUAUAUUAUAUUUAAAAAAGGGGGGGGGGGGAACUACGCAUCCUGACCAAAACGUCGAACGAAUUCCACGUUUCCUUUAGCGAGUAUCUAGGACUGCUACGACCGUUCUGUAUUAUAUUGUAUUUAUUUGCGGAAACACGGGAAAGGGAGAGAAAGAGAGAAAGAGGAUAAUCGUGGUUAAAAAAGAAGCCAAAAGUGAUCCGGAGAAAGCAUCGAUGAUUUAUGUAAGUUAUUAAGCAAUUAUAUAUAGCGUAUAAAUUAUAAAAGAGAGCCGUUGAAUCGUGUUGCGCGCUCAUCGUUGUACAUAAGUUAUACAUAUAUAUAUAUAUAUAUUAUAUCGUUCAUCCCCCUCGAUAUUACGUAUAAAUGAGAUAGAGUCGUCGAGUACGAUUAGAAUAAAUGGAGAAAGGGAGACAACAGGACAGAAGCAUAGAGAUAAAUAGAUAAAAAUAAAUAAACGGAAAGAGACCUUAUAAACGAUAUAGAUGGGACACUGCAAUAUACCUGGUCAACAGUUUAAUUAGUGAGCUUUAUGAUCGCGUAAGAUGUAAAUCUGUAUUGCGCUUGAUUGGUUUACGAAAGGUGAUAGACGUGUGAAAGCGAAGCAAAAGAAAGUGCAUGUGUGUGCGAACGGAACCUUAGCAUAGCGUGUAUAGCGGAGUCGAAAUAAAUGGAGACAUUUAAAAUAAACGCGAGGGAUAAUUGUGUUCCUGUUCCUGGUUCCUACCGAUCUCCCCUAAAUCGAUCCGUUCACCGCUCCGAGCGAGGUAACAAACACCAAAGGGGUAAGU